CUCUCUUCUCUUCUUCGACCAUUAUCUCACCACCCUUUUCUCUCUAAUGGCUUCCAAUCAAACUCCCACCACCACUAUCCAAAGUAAAUUCCCCCUUCCCAACAGCGACCUUGAGCAGCAGCAACCAGAGACGACAACCCUAGAAACACAAACAAAGGACGUCGUUCAAGAGCUGGACUACUCUAAGCGAGCACAGUGGCUGCGAGCCGCGGUUCUCGGAGCCAACGACGGAUUGGUCUCGACGGCAUCUCUUAUGAUGGGUGUCGGAGCAGUGAGGCAGGACAUCAAGGCCAUGAUCCUCUCCGGUUUUGCCGGGUUAGUCGCCGGAGCUUGUAGCAUGGCCAUCGGCGAGUUUGUGUCAGUGUAUUCACAGCUAGACAUAGAGGUGGCUCAGAUGAAGAGAGAAAAAGAAAGAAAAAUCCGCAGGGAGAUGGAUGACUAUGAAGAAGAAGAAGAUGAUGAUGACGGUGAUAAAGGCAAUGAAGAUGAUGAGGAAGACAAGGAGACUUUGCCGAACCCUUUACAAGCCGGAGCAGCAUCGGCGCUGGCUUUCUCGGUUGGCGCGAUGGUGCCGUUGCUGGCAGCUUCAUUUAUAAGAGACUAUAAGGUUAGGGUUGGGGCGGUGGUGGGUUCCGUGAGUGUGGCUUUGGUGGCGUUUGGGUGGUUAGGGGCAGUGUUGGGGAACGCUCCGACUUUGAAGUCAAGUGGAAGGGUCUUAUUUGGAGGGUGGCUAGCCAUGGCUAUAACCUUUGGACUCACCAAGUUGAUCGGAUCAAGCGGGCUUUAGUUAAUUAAUCUUCAUUAAAUAUGUUUAAUUAUUUUAUUAAAAAUAUGUUAUAUAUAUAUAAUUAGUCAUCAACUUGUACAUAUAAGCAUAUAAGAGAUAGAAGUACGGUUCUGAUAUGUUGAAAUAUAUAUAUAUAUAUAUAUAUGUGCUUGAUUUGUAUGCUUGUAUAUUAUUUUGUCCAAUUGAGUUUUAAUGUUA